UUGGCAUCUGACCCGAGUUCUCUUCAGGAUUUCUGCGUGGCUGACGCAAAGAACUCAGUACUUGUGAAUGGUCUUGUCUGCAAGGAUCCCAAGCUUGCUGAAGCCAAUGACUUCUUCUCCAGUGGGCUUCAACUAGCAGGCAACACAUCAAAUGCAGUUGGCUCCAGUGUGACCCCUGUCAACGUAGCCCAAAUUGCAGGACUUAACACUCUUGGUAUCUCUAUUGCACGUAUCGACUAUGCACCAUGGGGUAUUAACCCUCCCCACACACAUCCUCGAGCGAGUGAAAUCUUGACAGUCCUGGAAGGGAGCCUCAAAGUGGGUUUUGUCACUUCCAACCCCGAAAACCGUCUCAUCACCAAGGUACUUGAGAAGGGUGAUGUGUUUGUGUUCCCUGUCGGUCUCGUGCAUUUCCAACAAAAUGUGGGAUAUGGUAAUGCAGUUGCCAUCGCAGCUCUCAGCAGCCAAAAUCCAGGUGUCAUUACCAUUGCACAUGCAGUAUUUGGAUCAAAGCCCGACAUCUCUGCUGAUAUUCUUGCAAAGGCUUUCCAAGUGGAGAAGAACACAAUCUACAAUUUCCAGUCAAAGUUUUAGAGUACCAUAUGGAGCCUCUAAUUCACCGAAAAGGGACAGACAAUUCAUUUGAAGUGUGCAAUGUAGUGUUAAGAAAAUUGUUACAGUUUAUUUCUCGUUGCAGUCAUGUUGGUCUAAUAUUAAUUUCGUCUGAUUCAGAAUCAUUUGUUUAUGGUCACUUAGAAAUGUGCUCAAGUUGAUUUGUUAUUUGUUUGAUUC